CCUCUCACUGCAGCUCUCCACACUUCCCCUCUCCCUCGGCGGUUCCUCCUCUCCUCUCCUCUCUCUUUUUCCUGGAUUUACUUGCUCCUGCACUGUCUUGUACUGCGGAUCUUCUCUGGAGUAACUUGAACUGUUUGGGACGCUCUCCGCUGUGUUAACCUUACAACAGGAACACUGUCAGACACUGCUGAGAGGAAGCUCAUUCCAGCAGCCAUGCCGUCAGAUGUCGAGUCAGCCAUGGAGUCACUUAUCUUGGUGUUUCACCGCUACGCCUCUGAGGAGGGUGGAUAUUACACAGUGAGCCGGGACAAACUGAAGCAGCUGAUGAAAACCGAGCUGCCCAGCUACCUUCAGGCGCAGAAGGACCCCGCUGUUAUAGACAAGAUGAUGAAGGACCUGGACGCCAGCGGUGGGGGUCAGAUAAACUUUGAGCAGUUUUUUUGCCUGAUCGCCGGUUUUUCUAUUUCCUGUGAGAAAGCCUAUCAGAUGAAACUCAAGAAGACAAAAAAGAAAAUCAUGCCUUCCGAACUGGAAACUGCGAUGGAGUCGCUCAUCACGGUGUUUCACCGCUACGCCUCCAAACAGGGCCGGAGUGGCACCCUGAGCCGGCGAGAGCUCAGAGAGCUGAUGGAGAACGAGCUGUCCAACUUCUUAAAAUCUCAGCAGGAUGCUACGGCUAUCGACAAGAUCAUGAGGGACUUGGACACCAACGGUGACGGCCAGGUGGACUUUGAGGAGUUUGUUUCUCUGGUUGUCGGACUUUCCAUUGCCUGUGAGCAGUGCUAUCAGAUGCACAUGAAGAAUGUAGCAAAGAAGUGA